UCUGACCUCCAUCUGAUCGAGUUCACUGUAAAAGAUGCUGAUUGUGUGGAUGUCACUGAUUCACUCCUUUCUGCUUUAAACAUACAAGUAUCAGUAAAUCUGAUGUAUUGAAGGAUCAGAUCUGCUAUAAUGGAGGCAGCAGAAGAUGGAGCAGGAUCGUUCAGGAACCCUGGAGCAGAUCAGUCACAGCUUUGUGAGGAAACUUCUUCAAGUUCAGGUGAAGGAACAUCCAGCUCUGUAGGACGGAUCACCCCUGUGGGCCAACAGAAUGGAAGAGUUCAGAAAAACUUCAAUUCCCACCGGUCUGGAGGCUGUAUGAAGGAAGAGAUUGUGGAGGUGAUCAUCGGCGGCCCAGACGAAUCCAUCAAAGAGAAAGAAUGUGAUGAUGAUGAUAAUGAUGAGGAUGAAGAAGAUGAUGAUGACGACUACCUCUACUGUGAGGAAUGUGGAACCUACUUCUACAACAAGUGUGAGGUUCACGGUCCCGCUCUCUUCAUCCCUGAUACCCCCGUCCCCAUGGGGGUGGAGGACCGAGCCAGACAGACUCUUCCACCUGGGCUGGAGGUUCAGAUGUCCGAUGUCCCUGAUGCAGGUCUUGGAGUGUUUAAUAUGGGGGAGACUGUUCCAGUCGGGGCACAUUUCGGACCGUACCAGGGGGAGCUGGUGGACCGAGAGGAAGCCGUGAUCAGUGGAUACUCCUGGGUGAUCUGCAAGAGCAGUCAGUGUGAAGAAUACGUGGAUGCUACCAAAGAGACCCAUGCGAACUGGAUGAGGUACGUGAAUUGCGCCCGUAAUGAAGAAGAACAGAAUCUGGUUGCGUUCCAGUACCGAGGAGGGAUUCUCUACCGCUGCUGUCAGCCAAUCACACAUGGACAGGAGCUCCUGGUGUGGUACGAAGACGAUUACGCCAAAGACAUCGGGAUGACGUUUGAAUAUCUUUGGAACAAGAAGUGCAGCUCUGCAGAAGAAAAGAGCGAGCAUUUCUUACCAGCGUUCUCCUGCUCCGUGUGUCCACUUUCCUACACAGCUCAAAAUUACCUCUAUAAGCACAUUAAAAGAAGCCACCACGAGGAGUACCUGAGACUGCAGGUAUCUGGAGCGAUCAGAAACGAUAAACUGUCGAUCAGAAGCUCCAGCGGUGGUUCAGCGUUCUCCGGUAGUUUCUCUCACGAACAAAUAUACGCCAGACAUUACUUCUGCUCGGAGUGUGGGAAAGGCUUCACUCACCAGACUGCUCUUCAGAGACACCAGCGCAUUCACACAGGAGAGAAGCCGUACCAGUGCUCGCACUGCGGGAGGUGUUUCCGCCACCAGGCCACGCUUAACACGCACCAGCGCAUUCAUACAGGAGAGAAGCCGUACCAUUGCUCCGAGUGCGGAAAGAGUUUUAAACAGCAGAUCAGCUUCCAGCAUCACCUGCGCAUUCACACGGGAGAGAAGCCCUACCAGUGCUCGCAGUGCGGGAAGAGCUUCACUCAACAGAACGCCCUCCGGCGACACCAGCGCAUUCACACGGGGGAGAAGCCCUAUCAGUGCUUACAGUGCGGGAAGAGUUUUCGUCACCAGAGCACUCUCAAUUCCCACCACCGCCUUCACACCGGAGAGAAGCCGUAUCAGUGCCCGGAGUGCGGAAAGUGCUUCUCACAACAAAUCAGUCUUCAUCACCACCAGCGCAUUCACACCGGAGAGAAGCCCUACCAGUGCUUACAGUGCGGGAAGAAGUUUAGCCAUCAGAGCAAUCUCCAGCAGCACCAGCGCAUUCAUACGGGAGAGAAGAUGUAUAACUGCUCAGAGUGCGGAAAGAGCUUCACUCACCUUAGUACUCUCAAACAGCACCAGCGCAUUCACACUGGAGAAAAGAUGUUCAAUUGUCUGGAGUGUGGAAAGAGUUUUACUCACCCGAGUACGUUAAAACAGCACCAGCGUGUUCACACCCGAAUGUAAAGCCACGUUUUUAUCUUAACAAAUACUAGCCUGAUUCCUACACGCUUCUACUCAUUUUACUGUUACUACAGUGUACAGUUGUGAUAGCUUGUAUAUGUGUAGGAAAAUAACCCAUUUCAUCCUAGGCUGUUUGUUUGCGUGCUUGCUGUAAGUCCAUGCAUUGAUACCAGUGACUCUGGGCUGACACAUUCUGAACGGUUAAAAGUGCAAUUGAAAUAAAAUAUUGUAAAUGUU